AUGAAGUGGCUCAACCUCCUCCCCAUAGCCUUAGGGCUAGCCCACGCAAGCAUCAUCUCCUUCUCCCCCCCAACCAACCCAGACAUCAUCUACAGCCUCACCAUCCCGAACACCACGACCCUCUCAACCCCGGGCCCAAUCUACAUCCAAAUCACGGCCCCAACCUCCAUCCAAUGGGUCGGCCUAGGCCAAGGCGCCCAAAUGACCGGCGCGAACAUGUUCCUCCUAUACACCUCCUCGUCCACCAAAAUCACACUCUCCCCGCGCUCCGGCCUCGGCCACUUCGAACCCCAAUACACAAGCAACACCCAAAUCACCAUGCUCCCAGGCACCGGCAUCUCCACCAUCAACUCCACCACCGCCGCCCUCACCAACAGCAGCUCCCCCUCCUCCGAUAACACCAGAACAACCAUGACAGCCAACUUCCGCUGCGACAACUGUCUCACCUGGCAAGACGGCACCGGCACCAUGAACCCCAAGGACUCCAACUUCCCCUUCAUCUGGGCCUAUCGCGCCGGAGUACCCAUCAACUCCGCCUCCAUGGACGCCGACAUUUCCAUCCAUGACGACAUGGGUGGUAUCCAAGUCGAUCUCACUCGGGCCGGUAUGCCCCCUCAACCCAACGACACAACAUCCCCGGAUAGUAGUAGUAGCAGCAGCAACACCACAAACCCCUUCGCCAACUACAACCCCCUCACGGACUCCAUCCCCGCCCAAUCCCCCACCAACCCAUCCACAACCUCCUCCCCGCUCCCAAACCUCACCAAAAUGACCCAUAUCCUCAUCUCCCACGCAACCCUCAUGGCUCUCUCCUUCGUGCUCUUCUACCCGCUCUCCGCCCUGCUCAUGCCCCUGCCCAUCUCCCUCCCCAUCUCAAAAUUCAGACUGCAUAUGCCCCUCCAGAUCUUCACUAUGCUCAUGACUCUCGCGGGCUUCGGGUGCGGCAUCUACCUUGCCUAUGAGACGGGGCAGUUGCGCACGGCGCACCCGAUCCUCGGGAUUAUUGUGGUAGGCGUGCUGGUGCUGUUUCAGCCGGCUAUGGGCUGGUUGCAGCAUUUUGGGUGGCUUGGGAGGGGGGUUAUUGUGGUGGGUGUGGUUAAUGGGGGUAUUGGGAUUCAUGUUGCUAGGGGUAUGGGGAUGGCGCCGGUGGGGGCUGUGGUUGGGUAUGCGGUUGUUGCCGGGGUGGUUGGGGGGAUUUAUUUGGGGGGGUUGUUGGUGGCGUGGAUGGUCGAGAGGAAGAGGAGGGGGGUGGAGGGGGAGAGGGAUGGCGGGAGGGUGGAAAAUGUGGAGGGGAGGGAAGGUGGGGAUGGUGAUGCUGAUGGAGAGAAGGGGGGAAGUGUGGAGGAGAGAGUUGGGUAG